GUGAUGAAGCUUACUUUAUUAAUCAUGCCAGGAAACACCAACCACAGAGAGAGUUUAAUGGGGAACAUGUCAGAUGUGAAUGACAUCUGCUCUGAAUAUGUUCAUCUUCAGCUCAGACUUCGUUUCAGUGAGGGGAGAGCGGGGACGGUUGCAACGAAGGCCAGUUGCAAUAUGGCUUAUUUCUCCAAGCAGGAAAAAGCUACAGUGACGAUAUUCAUACUGCACAUGCUUUAUUGGCCCCCUCAUCCUUCCUGGAAGAAAUCAGCCACAUGUGACCAUUCCUUCUACUAAAAAUCAUUUUCAUGAACUGAUGGCGGGUUCCUCUGGCAUCACUUCUAGAUCAACACAUCAACAGCACUGAUGAUGUGAGGCGUCAUUCGUGUCUGAACGAGUCUCCCGAGUGUGUGUGUGUGUCUGACAGAAGCAAACACAUUUCUCUCUUCAUUAACUGGCUUGAGUUUGAUCCUGGCAGGGUUUCCUCAGCAUGGCAUCGGAAUCUGUUUACCCACAAUGCCAUGUGUCGUUUACAGUAGGGCUACGCAUAUUUACAGCACAAACUGUGGCCAAUAAAUAUAAUAAGCCGGAUGGAAGCGCUCCUCAUAAGGUCUGCUGUUUGUCUGAUGAGACGCGCACUGAUUUACCUGCUGAUUCCCGACAGAACCGCAUCUGAAUGAAUCCUGAGAGAUGAACGAGCAAACACAGCUUGAAACACGAGGAUCAAUUACAGGCACGAGGAGAGGAGAGAGAGGAGAGGAGAGGAGAGGCGGGAGAAAGAAUAAAGCGGUUCCUCUAGGAAACUCCUCCUAACGUAAGAGAGAGCGAAGGAACGAGAGAAGGAGUCGCCGAAGGUGCUCGAGGACGCAGCGGUGAGUUUCAGCAGAUUCCUCCUGUUUGUGCAGCAGAGCUUCAGUCAGACAGCAGUUUGGCUGCGAGAGUCACCGGGAGACCCAGGCGAGGUGUCGUGAUGUUGGCCGUGUUUUUGCUGCUGCUGCUGCCCCCUGCGGCGUCCGUCCCCUCCCCCUCCAGGCCGACGCCCAGGUACUGCCGCAGGUGCUGCGAUCACUUAGACCCGCCCCUGAGCCCCGCCUCCCAGUCUGCCGCCAAUCACACGCCUGAGAUCCGCACCAUCAUUAACAUGACCAUCCUGAAAGGGGAAAAAGGAGAGCGCGGGGACAGAGGGACGCCCGGUAAAGCCGGAGUGGACGGACCCUCCGGACUCAGAGGAGUGACGGGGCCCAAAGGCAGCAAAGGAGACACGGGGGCCCCCGGAGACCCCUGCAAAAUCCAGCAGUCGUCCUUCUCGGUGGGCCGACGCAAAGCUCUGCACAGCGCCGAUUACUACCAGGCCCUGAUCUUCGACACGGUCUUCGUGAACCUGGGCGAACACUUCAACAUGUUCAAGGGCAAGUUCUACUGCUUCGUCCCGGGAGUCUAUUUCUUCAACGUCAACAUUCACACCUGGAACUUCAAGGAGACGUACCUGCACCUGAUGCACAACGAGCGGCAGCAGGUGAUCCUGUACGCGCAGCCCAGCGACCGCUCCAUCAUGCAGAGCCAGAGCGUCAUGCUGCCGCUGGAGCUCAACGACGAGGUGUGGGUCCGGCUCUACAAGCGCGAGCGGGACAACGCCAUCUACAGCGACGACGUGGACGUCUACAUCACCUUCAACGGACACCUGGUGGCUCCUAAAGUCUAGGAGGAGGGACUGCAGUAUUUGCACAGUGUGUGUGUGUGUGUGUGUGUGAAUCUUUAGCUUUUCAAUUGAACACUCUGCUGUUGCCAUUCACCUCAUUUUAAAGAAAAACCUUGAAAGGCAUAAAGACUUUUACAGUGUUUGAUUUGAGCUGCUGAGCAGCCUGCCAAUUAACAGUAAGCAGGACUUUUAACUCUCAUUCCCAUAGACGUGUUCAGCGAGCACAGCCGCUCUCAGAUGAGCUUUACUUCCAGACGAACGGCACUCAGUUUCAGAGUGAAUCAAGUAAAUCCAGCAGGAUGUCAUUCAUUCUCCUCCCUCAUUCCCGGUGAUCAGUGAACAUGACUUUGACCACUUCUGCGCAUUAGGAAACUGAUGACUGCAUGUGGCACGACUGACAUAAUACACACUGGAGUUUACACUGCGUCAGAGAACACUGGGAAUCCAGACGCUGCGGCACACGACACUGACCAAACAAUAGAAAAGAAACAUUGCGGGAACUUAGUUUUUUAAUGUUUCUAAAACGCUGAAACGUCCAGUUCUCUUGUCAUGAUUAAAACAUUAUUUAAAGGUUCUACUAGCUUUAUUCUCAUUAAGAUUAUAACAUUAUUUAAAUGUUUAUUUUUUUUCAUAUUUUAACAAUGUUACAAUCUCUAGAUUUCUUAUUACAAUUAGAACAUUAUUUAAAGGUUAUAAAAACAUUAGAAUGCUAUUUAAAGUUUUUUCAACAUUUUGCUGACUUUUGCCCAAAAUAUAACAUUAUUUGAAUGUUCAAUUUUAAUAUUCUAAGAACAUUAAAAUGUCCAGUUUUCUUGUUCUUUCAAUUAUGUUGUUUCAAGAACAUUUUCUUAACAAUAUGAUAACGUAUAAAUCAAAUGUUAAUAAAAUCAUGUUACAUAAACAUUUUUAAAAACUUCAGUUAAAGCUGUGAGAACAUUUCCUGUUAGCUGGGAAUAAGUUAACCAACAUAUUCCCAUUUGAUUUGGAAAUGAUCCAACUUGAUCGAACUAAACUCAAAACUCAUCUUACACACUGAUGUCAAACUGUCAGUGUAAACUCCAGGUUGUAAUAUCACCAGAGCGAUGUUACAAUGCUGUCAUGUGUUUUGUUCAUGUUUCUCCACUGUAGUUGGUCAGAAGUGCGGCAGCAUAAUGAAAUAUGUGAUAAAUCACGAGACACAUGAUGAGCGUUCCAGCACGCUGAGGAACGGGGCUGUCAAGCAUAAAAAAAUUAAAGCAUAAAAUAACAUUAUUAAAAACAAGUUUACAGUAAGUCAGUCAUGGGACAGACCACCGAUCGAUCCUUUUCGUUUAAACCACUGCCAUUUAACACUGGUUUCCGUUGUGUAGCUGUUCUGAGAUCAGUGUUGUGAUUAUCGGUGUGAAUCUGAUCUGAGUUCAGAAACACUUCAACAAUAUCCAGCUUUACUGGCUUCCCUGUGAAAGACGGACGCUUCUGCCUGAGAUUCAGUUUCAGGGAAAUAAAGUCCUUCGUUGGACUGAUGAAACUCAUAAAACUGGGAGGUUUUUGUAUUUUUUCAUAUUCAUUAGGUGCCUAAUAUGACCUUGUCAAGGUUUCUCUGAGGUUCUUCCAUGAACUGGUGCUGCAGCUCCACGAGCAGGUGCUAUAGACGUGUGCACUUUCUGCAGGGGAAAUUUCUGUGUUCUGACUUGUUUUUUCUCAUUUUGAACCAUGUAUGUUUAUAUUGUUUCUAUUAAAUUCAGCAACAAAAUA